AUGAAUGGAUCAUCAACAACAAAUGGUCCAACAAAUGAACAAUUAAUUGGAAAAUUUCAAGUAAUUAAUCUUGAUAAAUUACCAAUAAAUACUCCUAAUAACCAUGACGAUGUUAUUCCACAAAUAUCAACAAUACCUGAUGAAUCAGGAGGUCCAUCACGUUUUCAAAUGAUUCGUGUUGAUAGAAAUUUUGGACGUGGUCGAUGGAAAGUUAAUGAUUAUGAACCACCGGAAAAUAUUUCAAAUUCAAUAAUUCUACCAAUAAAUACAAUUGAAAAUGAAUCGAUUAAUAUUUCUAAUAAUUCAACAUUUGCAAAUCUACCAACAGCAACAAUACCUAAUAUAUCAUCUACUGUACCAACAGUUAUUACUGGAGAUUCAAAUGUAGUUUCAUCUGCUGCACUUGCUGCAACAGCUGCUUCAGCUGCUGCUGCUGCUGCAACUGCAUUUCAACAACAACAACAAAUGGCACUUAAAAAUGCACCGACUCUAGUACCAACAGCCAAUGUUCCACCUACAGCUGGACUUCUUCAUGCAUAUCCACCUGGACCAUUACCUAAUCAACCUUAUCUUUUACCAAAUCAUCCUCAAUUUGGUUAUUAUCCAUUUUAUCCAACACCUUAUUCACCAUAUGCAACUUCAUGGGCUGCUGCUGCAUUAGCUGCUUCAAAUCCUUUUUUACCACCUCCAACAUUAGGACCACCACAACCAACAACAUCUUCAUUACCACCUACAACAAAUAUCAAUGAUCCUAUUCGACUUCCAGAUACAGUUUCGGAUAUUAAUGGUGAAAAUACAGUGAUGUCUUCUAUUAACUUUCCAAAUGCAACAACUGAUCAUUUACAAAAUGCUCAAUUAGCAGCGGCUGCUGCUGCAGCAGCACCAUUUCUAUAUGCAGCUCAUCCUUCUCAUACACCAUUUGUUCCACAAGCAUCAUCAACAACAUCACCCUAUGCAACUAUACCAUCUUAUCAUCCAGUACCAUCAUUACCAACAAUUCUUCCACAAAAUCAAGCAUCUCAAACUUUUCCAAUUUCACAUAUGAUUUCAAUUAAUACAAAUGAUAUACAAUUAUCACAUCAACCACCUUUAUUUACAUCACCAAAAUAUGAUACAACAAAAAAUUUAAAUCAACAAUCAUCAACAACAAAACCAAAACCUUUAGUUACAACAGUAGUUAAUGGUAUUAAUAAUGAUUUAUCAAAAUCAACACAAAUUACAGAUUUAAUUUCAUCAUCACCAUUAUUAACAACAUCUGAUACAGUUCCACCAUCACUUAUAUCACCUAUAAAUAUAAAUGUAACAAAUCCAUCAACAACAACAUCAUUAGGUGAUAUAUGGACAUAUACAACAAGUGGUUCACCAUUAAAUUUAACUCAAACAGCACAAACAGCAGCUGUUACAGCAGCAGCUGCAAUGGGUUUAUUAAAUAAUGAAAAUAAUCAAAAUACGGAAAUAGCUAAUGAAAUUCUUAAAGAAUUAACAACACCAACAAAACAAAAUAAUACAACUGAUAUCGAUAAUAAGAUUUCGGCUGCUAUGGAUCUUGUUAAAAUGCAUUUACUAUCAGCUGUUCGUGAUGAAGUAACUGAAUUACGACAACAAAUUCGAAUACUUAAUGAAAGAAUAAAUAGUGCUGAACAUGAAAAUGCAUUUCUUCGUCAACAUGUACCCAGUGAAAUUUAUGCUCAAUAUAUUCCGACAUUUAUCGGUUUAUCUUCUUCAAAUGAGCCAAAUAAUUCAUCAACAACUACUUCAAUUCCUUUACAACCAUCUAGUCAACCGGUAUUAAUGAAUUCUUUAUCAUCCAAUACAUCAUCAUUAGUUCAACAACCAACUUCUUUGCCUACAAAUGUACAACAACCUCUCUCAACUACAAACCUUUCGUCAACGUGA